UGCGCGUUUUUAGGCUAGUCACUCUGUUUUCAUGAUAAGGACAAAGCUGUUUAUUUAUCUGUUUCUCUCUGUUUUUCUCUCUUUCUCUUUUUAUCAGUCUGUCCAUUCUGUAGUGAGUGCAUGCAGGACAGUGGUCGCUCCCUUACUAGCGGACCUGGUAGAACAGUCUCGAUUCUCGGCUCGGUAAAACAGAACCGGACCGGACUGGCCCGGAGACAGGAUGAGUGACCCGGUGAAGAGCUCUGUUUCCGGCACGACAUCCAGCAACACCGCGGCUCCUGCCCCGGGCUCCGACACCUACAAAGGCUGGCUCUUUAAAUGGACUAACUAUCUGAAAGGAUACCAGCGGAGGUGGUUCGUCCUCAGUAACGGUCUGCUGUCUUAUUACAGGACGCAGGCGGAGAUGGCUCACACGUGUCGCGGCACCAUCAACCUGGCGACGGCUCACAUCGACACGGAGGACGCGUGUAACAUCGUGCUGAGCAGCGGGGGGCGCACUUACCACCUGAAAGCUGCCACUGAGGUGGAGAGGCAGAAGUGGGUGACGGCGCUGGAGCUGGCCAAAGCCAAAGCCGUCCGCAUGAUGAACGAUCAGUCGGAUGACUCGGGGGAAGAGGAACCCACAUCACGCUCGGACCGCAGUGAACUGCAGGGGGCGCUGAAGACUUUGGCGAGUAAGCUGGACGAUCUGUGCACGUGUAACGAUCUGAUAGCGAAGCAUGGUGCGGCGCUGCAGCGUUCUCUCAGCGAGCUCGAGGCUCUGCGCGUCCCCGUCGAGGGCAGCGAGAAGAUCAAGGCCGUGAACGAGAGAGCCACUCUGUUCCGCAUCACCUCCAAUGCUAUGAUCAACGCAUGCCGUGAUUUCCUGGAGCUGGCCGAGAGCCACAGCCGCAGAUGGCAGCGAGUCCUGCAGCAUGAGCGAGAGCAGCGUACUCACCUGGAGGAGACGAUAGAACAACUGGCCAAGCAGCACAACAGCCUGGAGAGAGCGUGGAGAGAGGCGCCGACACACACCUCUAACACACCUGACACCACCUCCACACACACCGGAGUGAGUGAGAGGUCCCGCAAAGAGGAAGCGAGUGAUGAAGAUGAAGAUACGGAAUAUUUUGACGCCAUGGAGGAUUCGCCCGCUUUCAUCACAGUGACGGCUACAGACGUCUCUCAGCACAGGCGUUCUCAGAGUAAUCUAAGUGGUGCCAGUGGUGGGCAGCCCAGUGACUGGAACCUGGAGCAACAUUCGUCUCCGAGCUGUAAUGAUUUAUCAGGGAGGGAGGUGCAGACACGCAGGAAGAGGCGGAGCCGAAUCCCAGACAAGCCCAACUAUUCGCUUAACCUGUGGAGCAUCAUGAAGAACUGCAUCGGCAAAGAGCUCUCCAAGAUCCCCAUGCCUGUGAACUUUAACGAGCCCCUGUCCAUGCUGCAGCGGCUGACGGAGGAUCUGGAGUACAGCGAGCUGUUGGAUAAAGCAGCUCGUUGUGAGAAUUCCCUCGAGCAGAUGUGCUUGGUGGCCGCCUUCUCCGUCUCGUCCUAUUCCACCACCGUCCACCGCACGGCUAAACCCUUCAACCCCCUUCUGGGUGAAACGUACGAGCUCGACCGGCUCGACGACUACGGCUACCGCUCCCUCUGCGAGCAGGUUAGUCAUCAUCCUCCGGCUGCGGCGCAUCACGUCAUCUCACAGCGAGGCUGGACUCUGCGACAGGAAAUCACCAUUGCUAGCAAGUUCCGUGGCAAAUACCUGUCCAUCAUGCCCCUGGGUGCCAUCCACCUGCAGUUCCAUGCCAGCGGGAACCACUACGUGUGGCGUAAGGUGACCUCCACCGUGCACAACAUUAUCGUGGGCAAACUGUGGAUUGAUCAGUCGGGGGACAUCGACAUUGUGAACCACAGAACCAAAGAGACGUGUCAGCUUAAGUUCUCUCCAUACAGCUACUUUUCAAGGGAAGUUCCACGCAAGGUGACGGGCGUCGUGUCGGACAGUGAAGGACAAGCGCAUUACAUCCUAUCAGGAACGUGGGACGACCGAAUGGAGAGCGCUAAGAUCGUUCAGAGCAGCCGCGGCAGCAGCAGUGCAGAGGGCAAGCAGAAGACAGUGUACCAAACACUCACUCCUCGACUACUGUGGAAGAAAUACCCACUUCCGGAGAACGCGGAGAACAUGUACUUCUUCUCGUCGCUGGCUCUCACGCUGAACGAGGAGGAGGACGGCGUGUGUGUGACGGACAGCCGUCUGCGGCCGGACCAGCGUCUGAUGGAGGAGGGACGAUGGGACGAAGCCAACAUGGAGAAACAGAGACUGGAGGAGAAACAGAGAGCUGUGAGGAGGAGGAGAGAGGCCGAGGCGUCCGACGCCAUGGACCAAGAGUGUGAGCUUGACUCUGGUCGUGAGUACGAGGGCUACAAGCCUCACUGGUUCCAUCAGAGGACGGACCCUGUGACUGGGGAGAUGAACUUCGUGUAUAAAGGGGGUUACUGGGAGGCCAAAGAGAGACAGGACUGGAGUGUGUGUCCGGAUAUUUUCUGAACGGAGACGGGAGUGAGGACAGGACGUCCUCUAACAGACUCACAGAGGAUCCGGGACAUAGAUCCCUGCCUCAGCGAGAGAACCGAGACGAUCACACGGGCUCUCGAUAUAAAGGGAAAAAGAGAGAGAGAGAGAGGGACAUCUGAUCUCUCUCCAGUAUUCGCCUGAAAGCUGUGUGUGUGUGUGUGUGUGUGUUUAAAAGAGAAGAAGGGGAUUUGGACUUGAACUUUAACCCCUUAAUUCUUCCAAACCAAAUCAGGUGCUCUUUCUCCAGGAAAAAAAAAACAACAACAACAACAAGAACAACAACAACAAAAAUAAACGCCCUUCCGAGUGCACUCCCCUCGCUCCCUACGCCUAACGAGGAUAUCACACAUCACACCUCUCCGUCCCGCACGAGGAAGAAAGCGAUCGCUUCAUUUAGUCUCAUGUAGGCUUUACAGUGUGCACACUCAUUAAUAUUUACAUAUCAUUAUAUCCUAAUUUGCAUAUCCCAAAGGACAAUGGGCGGAAAUUCAUGUCAGUAACCUCUGUUAUGGCCACCGACGAGCUGCGUUUUACCCGUCACAAGCUCCACCUACUCUAAUUAAGAUUAAAGCGGGGAUAUGCGUGUCCUAAUCCUCAACAAAGAAUAUCUUAAAUAUUUUUUUAAAAAAGCUUCCUGAAGUGUCGAGAGCCGUCGUCGUUGCUCAGUGACGCACUCCAGAUUUCAUAUCGAAUUCAUAUAUAAAGCCUGAGCUAUGAAACGGUUAAAGGAAUAGUUUGGGGAAGAUUUGUAAUCAGGAUUAGUCCAUAAGCCUCAUGCUAAAAAGUCUGUCACCCAAAAUCUUAAUAAAUCCACACUCAACACUUAAUUUAAAUAUUUUUAACUAUAGCCUCAUUUUGAUUAAACAAAUUUGUAAAAUAGCGACGAGAGUCUUUAUUUAUGCUGGACAAAGAGCUUUUUUGCUCCUUGGUCAUACCACGAUGGCCGCUCCCAUAGCACUUCGGUGUUUUGUUCAUGUUUUAGAUGACAGGAAGUGUCUGAAAUCACAUUAAAAGAUUGAACGUAAGUUUGAUCGUAAGGUCAGAUCGUAAAUUCGCUUUUAAUGCGUGCUGGGAAAGAAUUUUAAAACUAACCCGGCGUAGAAUUUCAACAUAGUUUACGUCAUCACUAGUAGUGCGUAAAGUGAUCGUAUUUCAUCAUCACCAGCCAAUCAGAAACACGAUCCGGUAUAAACAGGAAGUACUACAUCCACGAUAUAAUCCCCGAAACAUGGGGAAGCAGCUGUUUACUUCGAGCGAAGUCUGUCUCUCGAGUUGUUUUAACAAAAUCCAAAAGAUCCAGUGAAGGUUGUAUCCAUAAUCAACUCUGAACACAUUCAUAACAAGUUCUAAAGCAACAAAAAUAUUUACGAGCAUACACUACUAAACUUUACAGAGAUCGUUAUUACGCAUCAUUACGAGUUAUUAACAUUAACAUUAAAGAAUGUCAUUGGUUUAAUAAAAAUGUUUUUGUUGUUUUAAAAGAUCCCGAGCAGCUCACAAAUACAACUUAUAAGGCAUUAUAACCAGUGCUAUGAAGUGUCAUGCCUUUUCAGUGUGUAAAAUGCAUUAAAGUGCAUCAUAAAUGUGUUCAUAAGUCAACAAACAGUAUAAAGGCUCUGCUUGGGCUCUUGUGCAAUAACACAAGAUAUUUAAGAAACGACAGAAUGAAGCAACUUCAUUAGCAGUAACAGUGAAAUAUUUUCAUGUGACCUGACCUUUUGCGACUUCACGUAAUCGCUUUUUACGUUAAUAUUUAUAAUUGAUAUUUGUAGUUUUGAUGACGGGCCACUAAAUACUUCACACAUAAAGAAAUGAUUAAACUCGUUACGAAAUAAAAACUAAACGGAAUCUCUUCAUAGUUGGUUAUGGACUUUACAAGUCUUUUUUGUUUGCACUGUAAAUUUUACGCUACAAUGUAAAGCUACAUUAAAACUGUCGUUCGGUGCAAUCGUUCAUUUUUAAGUAGUUCGUAAACUAGGUUACGAUAGAGCUUACGUUCUGCUGCAGGAUGGACUUCAGUUAUUAUUAGCUGCAUUAAUCAUUAAUAUAAAAAAAUAAACUUCAGACACCAAAAUAUUUUGACUGAUCGGCUAGAAAAACUGUGUAGAUUAAUUAAUUAGAUCAAUUUUUUUCUCCAAACUAUUCCUUUAAACAGGCAGGUGAUCAGCAAGAACAUUUUUAAAAAUAAUAGUCUCAAGGGAACUUUUUAGCUUUAGUAAUUGCUAAUAAAAUGGCCAUAAUGUCCCUUUAUUGUGUGUUCCAAAAAAAAAAAAAAAAAAAGAAAAAGCACACAUUAAUUAGCAUAACUCCCGUUCCUCUCGAAAACCCGCAGAAAUCCUCAAAGCUUAACGACGCCUGCGGAAGGAGAAACAGUAUUUUUGUGGAUGAUAUUCGCCUUCCUCACCUUCUCAUUAUCGUCACACUGAAUCUCUGUGGUCUUAAAUCUUGAAGUCUCGGAAAAUGAUACGAACUUCAAGACUUCAUCAUGUGGGUCCUCUAAGUUUUCUUAACAGUGUUGAGAACGUAGAAUUUAGAGCACAGGUACGGCGUUACCUGUCCAGACUCCGGUGUGUUUAUUUUUUAUGAUAACAAAGAAGAAGAUAGAUGAUAACCUGAAUAAUAAUAAUAAUAAUAAUAAUAAUAAUAAUAGUAAUAAUAAAGAGAAUAAUAAAUGAUAAUAAUAUGAUUAUAAUUAAUAUAAAGAAGAGACAAGUGAGUAAUGAAGCAACUCUAACAGAAAUAUUUACUGUAAAUGUGUCUUAUAAUCUGAGAUGAUCUAGCUAGGCUAAAAGUUUUAAUUUUUGACAAGCUUCCGUGGUCUGAUUUGAAAUUUUAAUGUUUUGUAUUAAAAGAGAUUUGCUCACACAGUCA